CACCAAUCGGAAGAAGUUCCAACGCAUCUAUCUGCGUUGUUUUGAAACAUUCCUCGGAGUUUCUGAAAAAAGGGGGAAUUUCACACUAGCGUUCGUUGCUGGAUUGUACGUCAUACUUGAUGUGGCAGCAAUGGCGACCGGCUGCGAGUCAACUAAGAAUUCACUUUUAAAAAAUGAAUGUUACUCGGACUUCCUGAGUGAGGAGUUUGAUGUGAAGACCUACACAGCCCAUGCCAUCCAUCAUGCAGUCAUCGCUGAGCAGCUGGCCAAGCUCGCUGAGGGCAUCAGUCAGCUGGACAAAGAGCUCCACUGCCAGGUUGUGGCUAGACAUGAAGAUCUGCUCGCUCAGGCAACUGGAAUUGAGUCUCUUGAGGGUGUCCUUGAAAUGAUGCAGGCGCGGAUUGCUGCGUUACAGAGCGCCGUAGACAGGAUAAAGACCAAAAUUGUUGAUCCCUACAAUAAGAUUGUGGCUCGGACUUCCCAGCUCGCUCGACUUCAGGUCGUGUGCGACCUCCUGAGGAGGAUAAUCCGAAUCCUGUAUCUGAGUAAACGGCUGCAGGGCCAGCUCCAGGGGGGAAGCCGGGAACUGACCAAAGCCGCCCAGAGCCUCAACGAACUGGACUACCUGUUUCAGGGGGUGGAUCUGUCCGGCAUUGAAGUCAUCGAAAAUGACCUGUUGUUUAUUAGUCGUGCACAUCUGGAGGUGGAGAACCAGGCCAAAAGACUUCUAGAGCAGGGCAUGGAAAUUCAGAACCCGUCUCAGGUGGGAACGGCGCUUCAGGUCUUCUAUAACCUGGGCAGCCUGAGGGAGACGAUCCUCAGCGUGGUGGAAGGAUACAAGGCAUCGGUCCACGAGAGUGUAACCAGCGCCCUUGACAUUAAAGUCCUCACUCAGCCUGCUAACAUUAGGGGUGCCCCGGGUCGGGCUGUAAUGCCCACUCCAGGAAACACAGCUACAUUUCGUGCUGCUCUUUGGACCAACCUGGAGAAAAUGAUGGACCAGAUAUGUGCGGCCUGUUCCCAGGUGCAGCACCUUCACAAGGUUUUGACCAAGAAGAGGGAUCCUGUCACUCACGUGUGUUUCAUUGAUGAGUUCGUUAAGGACGGCCAGUCGAACAUCUUGUACAUGUUCUGGGACUCGAUCGCUCAGAUGCUGUCUGUGGAACUUCAGAAAUCCACAGAAGCCUCCACAUUCCUGAAGCAAGCUCUGGAGGGAGAGUACCCGAAGCUCCUGAGGCUCUACAACGAGUUGUGGAAGCGGCUGCAGCAGUACAGUGCCAACACGCAAGGCAUUCUGGGAAGCGGUGGCUCGGGGCUGGAUCCGGAUUUGACCAUCUCUGAAGCGGACACGCAGGAUCUCUUCCCAUACACUAAACCAGAUUAUGAUCUAGAAAAAGCUCUAAAGAGCUCCCUUCAGCCGUAUGAAGCGGCCUACCUGUCCAAAUCACUCUCGCGCCUGUUUGACCCCAUCAAUCUGGUGUUUCCGCAGGGGGGGCAUAGCCCCCCUUCCACUGAUGAAAUGGACAGCAUCAUCAAAACCAUUGCCAGUGAGCUGAAUGUGUCUCUGGUGGACCCUGGGCUGACCAUCGCUGUUACCAAGAAUAUCGCCAAGACCGUGCAGCUGUUCUGUGUGAAGUCUGAGCACUUGCUCUGUACACAGGGUGAUGCCAGCCAGGUGAUUGGGCCUUUGACAGAAGGUCAGAGGAGGAAUGUAGCAGCGGUUAAUUCACUGCACCACCUGCAGCAGUCUCUGACGAAAGUAAUAUCCGUACUUCCUUCCUUCCCUCCGGCUGCAGAGCAAGUACUUACAACGUCUUUAGAGGCGGUGCAGGCUCUGAUGGACAGCGCAGUCCAUCCGCUGUUGAUGUCUGUUACAGACUCUGUGGAAGCCAUUCUCCUCACCAUGCACCAGGAAGACUUCUGCAGUCCUCUCUCAGCUGGAGAGAAGCCAGACAUGCCUUGCUCUCUGUAUAUGCGCGAGCUGCAAGGCUUCAUAUCCCGGGUCAUGAGCGACUACUUCUGCCACUUGCAGUCAGUGGACUUCCUUUAUGACCGAACAGAGGCCAUCGCUCAGCGCGCCAUCACGCUCUUCAUCCGCCACGCCUGCCUCCUGCGGCCUCUCGGUGAGGGCGGCAAGAUGAGGCUGGCUGCAGACUUCGCCCAGAUGGAACUGGCUGUGGCUCCACUUUGCAGACGAAUAUCAGACCUGGGAAAAGCAUACCGCUUGCUGCGCUCCUUUAGGCCUCUUCUUUUUCAGACUAGUGAGCACAUAGCCAGCAGUCAGGCCGUGGGUGAUCUGAUUCCCUACAGUACCAUAUUGCACUUCCUGUUUUCCCGCGCCCCAGCAGAACUGAAGUCUCCUCACCAGAGAGCAGAGUGGUCUGUUGCGAGGUACUCUCAGUGGCUUGAUGACCAUCCUUCUGAGAAGGAUCGCCUUAUUCUAGUCAGGGGCGCUCUGGAGGCCUAUGUGCAGGCUGUCAAAGCCAGACAGGGGAGGAAUUUUGCACCAGUGUAUCCCAUCAUGCUCCAGCUUCUGCAGAGGGCCACCAGUGGGUCGGUAGAAAGAUGAGCGAUCAGGGAUUAGCUGGAACAGGGCUGUCCCUUGUCCAUCACUACAAACUCACUCUGUCAAAUAUAUAUGGAGGUGUUUUUUAAGCAGUGGUGAGUAAGGUGUGGGGAUUUGUGAAAUAUGAAUAUUUAUGUAAAAAAAAAAACAGUGGGGGGGGUUUUGGCUCUGAUAUUUUUUUUUUUUUAAGCAGGUUUUAUUUUCUUCAGGCUUAAUGUCCGUUAGAAAGUACUUGUGUAGCAGGAUACUGAUGUUGAUUAAAGACCGCUUUUGUUCACAGUCAAAUCCGUGUAGUUCUACUGACAAAACACACACACUGAAAUCUUUUCAAAUUAUCCGUCAUCUCACAGGUCGGACUGUAAUGUUUACAAACUCUCCUGUACAGUAAUACCUUUACAACACUAGUUUGGUCAGGUAACAGUGGUAGAGAUUCUUAUUUUGAGUUUGCACUAGGAAGAGCGUGAAGGGACAGUCCUAACUGAUGCUCAGUGAACUCAGCCUGGAAAGCUGCCUGCUCCAAGAUGGAAGUGCUGAUGACAUGAGGCUUACAGUAUCUCUAGUUAUGUUACCACAACUAAAGUUUUGGUCAUCAGGUCCCAUUGUAGCUAUGAAAUAAACAAUGUCAUUCAUCAGCUGGGAAGCCUCUUCCAAUCCUUAAGGUUACACAUGGGUAAUAACUCAAGUCAGGAGAUUGUCUGGCCCACUUGAGCUGUAGUGGCUGUAUGUUUGGGGUUGUUGGCUGAUGAGAUUAAAUGAUACCCUAAUAUGAUUAUAUGGGGCUGCUUCUAUGCAAACGUUAAUGAGGCAUAUCGUAUCAUGAUGCUCCCAUCAGCGUGCUUCACUGUGGGUAUGAUGGUGUUCUUGGGAUUGUACACACACAACCCUAUUACCUCCAAACUUGAUGAAAUAAUACAAGUCUGUGGCAGUAAUUCGGCUCACCGAAUCCGAGUACAUCGUGUCAAAAGAGUGCAAAUUUUAAACAUGCCUGUUUUAUUUUAGCAGCGGAGAUGAUUGCAGCGCCGUCCACUGCUUAUUGUUCUCUGUGGAGCUGCUGUGACUGCUGAACUUCUCUCUUAUCUUCUUUUUGGCAUCAGUCUGAGAGCAGAUUGUGCAAAUCUUGUAUGGUUCACCUGUCCCGGGAUGAUUUAGGUGUGUUUCCCUGAACUUUCCACCUGCAUAUUAUCAAACCAGUUGUACUGACGGAGAUGAUUAAGGUCUUUAUGACUGUUAAAACAACACUCGAAAAGGAAAAAGAAAUACUGUUGUACCCGAGAACUUCAGGAAGAUCCUUCUAUAAUUUCCAUUCGUUGAAAUUUCACACAAGAAGUAGCAAUCUCACGCAUUUAUAUUUAGAACUUGAUUUUACUUCCCCCCCCCUCCAUCAGAUUAAUUUUUUAAACAUAUUUUUAUUUGUACUCAUACAUCAGUAACGUAAUUCAAGUAUUACAAUUAUGAAAGUAAUGUGAUCUGAUUACUUCAAGGUCACAUGUCAAUAAAGUCACGAGAAAUGCAAUUUGAGUGAAAAUACCUUAGAGCUUAAAAACAUGUUCAAUGUUUGGAUUAAAUAAAUAAAUAAAAGAUCACUGUCCCUGAUGCGGGUAACGUCACAUCACAAAAGCUAGACUGGUUUUCCUUGGUUUUUUUUCUUUCAUUGGGGAAAAUGAAUGCAAAUUUUAAUACACUGAAA